UAUGUUAGAUCUGCUAAUAAAACAAAGUAUAAAUUCCCCACAAAGAGCAGCCGCACAGACUCUUCAUCCCCCUUCUCCUCCUCCUCUGCUCUUCUCUUCUCUCCCACACCAUCAACACCAAGCCAAAUCCAAUGAAGCCUCACCAACAAGAACAAUCAACCAACCAAAACAACCAUUACCAACUCCUCCAAUCCCCCAAACUCUUCCUCAACUCCAUCUCCUUUCUCCCCAAGAUCCUCACUUUCUUCCUCGUCUUCGGCUUCGGCCUCACCUUCGGCAUCAUCUCCACCUCCUACCUCAAUUCCUUCCCUUUCCCCUUCCCCUUCCAACCCUCCCAACUCCAAUCCCCCACCCUUCCCCCUCAUAACCAGUCACCACCACCACUCUCACCUCCGCCUCCGCCUCCGCCUCCGCCGCCGAGAGCUCGAACCGGUCUCAAAGGAUACAUCGAGCCAAAUGAAAUCAAACAUGACAUGACAGACGAGGAGCUGCUAUGGAGAGCUUCCAUGGCACCGAAAACAAGUUCUUUUCCUUAUAAACGAGUCCCCAAGAUUGCAUUUUUGUUCUUGACGAGGGGACCUCUCCCCUUCGUUCCGCUGUGGGAGAAGUUCUUUGAGGGGCACCAUGGCUUCUAUUCAGUCUACGUUCAUGCCGAUCCCUCCUACAACGACUCCUUCCCGGUCGGGUCAGCCUUCCAUGGCCGCCGAAAUCCGAGCUCCCAAUGGUUCGAACUUAGCCGCCCGCUCGCCAUCCAUGUCGUCGCCGACGACCGCUUUUUCCCCGUCUUCCGCCGCUUCUGUCAUCCUUCCUGCUAUGUCGACGAGCAUUACUUGCCCACAAUGAUCACCAUGAGCUUCGGCCACCUGAAUGCCAAUCGGAGUCUUACAUGGGUCGAUUGGUCGCACGGCGGGGCGCAUCCGGCGAGGUUUAUUCGUCCCGCGGUCACGCCGGAGCUGUUGCGGUGGAUGAGGGGCGGCUCCACUUGCGAGUAUAAUGGGAGGAAUACUACGGUUUGCUUUCUUUUCGCGAGGAAGUUUCAUUCGAGCUCGUUGACAAGGUUGUUGAGAUUUGCUCCAAAGGUCAUGGGCUUUGGCGGGAGGUAGUUCUGUAAAUGUAGAAUUUUUUUUUGAUGGUUUGUUAUUUAAUUUGUUGAUUGUUUGCUAAUAAUGUGAAGAAAAACUGCAGCUGAUUUUCAAUAGCUGAGAUGAAGGAUUUGUCGAACCAAGUA